AUGGCCACCGUCCCCGACGCCGAUUCUAAUUUGCGCGCCAAAAUCAGCCCCACACCCGAAGACUCCGACCCGACCCGACCCCUCACCAUCUUCAACCUCUCCUUCAACCAGGACAACGCCUGCUUCGCCGUCGGCACCGACUUCGGCUUCCGCGUCUACGCAUGCGACCCCUUCCGCCUCUCCCUCCGCCGCGACUUCACCACCGGCGGCGGCGUCGGGUUCCUCCGCAUGCUCGGCUCCUCCCAAAUCUUCGCCGUAGUCGGAGGCGGACCCGACCCGAUCCUCCCCGCCAACAAGGUCAUGAUCUGGGACGAUCGCAAGUCCCAGAGCGUCUACGACAUGUCGUUUCGGUCCGAGGUCAGGGGACUCAAGCUCCGCGGCGAUCGCGUCGUCGUCGUUUUGAAUCAGAAGAUCGUCGUCCACGCCUUCUUUGAUAAGAAGCCUCUGCACGAGAUUUUGACCACGGAGAACCCUAAGGGGCUGUGCGAGGUGUCGCAGAGUCCGGGUCCGAUGGUGCUGGCGUGUCCGGGGCUCCAUAAGGGUGAAAUUCGGAUCCAGAAUUACGCGUUGAAUCGGACCAAGUUUAUAAUGGCCCACGAGUCCAGUCUCGCCUGCUUUGGUCUCACACAUGACGGCCGGUAUUUUGCUACGGCGAGCAGCAAAGGGACUCUUGUCAGGAUUUAUAGUACUUUGAAUGGUACAUUACUACAAGAGGUGAGGAGAGGAGCGGAAAGAGCAGAGAUUUACAGUCUCGCUUUCUCGUUUACUGGCCAGUGGCUAGCUGUGUCUAGUGAUAAGGGAACUGUGCAUGUUUUCGGCGUGAAGGUUGAUUCAGGAUCCGUGGAGAGUGAUAGAUCACGCGGUAUGUCAGAAGGCGGUGUUACUAAUCCAUCCGGCAUUUCAUCUCUGAUCAAAGGUGUGCUGCCAAAGUAUUUCAGCUCAGAAUGGUCGGUGGCCAAAUUUCACUUGCCGGAAGGUCUGCAGCAUAUUGUUGCCUUUGGCAAGCAGAAGAACACAAUCAUGAUUGUUGGCAUGGAUGGAAGCUUCUAUCGAUGCCAAUUUGACCCUGUGAACGGAGGAGAAAUGACACAGCUCGAGUAUCACAACUUUGUGAAGCCAGACACAACUUUCUAACAUUUGUAAAGAGAAGUAAUUUUGUAGUAAAUAUUAAGCCAGACCCAGUUUAUAUUAAGGUUCUGUUUUUUCCUUAUCACAUUCUUUAGGCGACUGAAUGUACAUUAUACAUAUCCGCAGAGUUAAACUACUGUACAUAAAUUACAGUUUCUGAUGCA